CCACGCAGGACAAACACAAAACUUCAUAUUGCCGCACAUUAAAAGCGACGCGACCUUUGGGAUCGACGUCACGCUACAAUAGCAAACUACCCGGAUGAACAGCAUGCGCCAUUUUUCAACUCCAGACGCUGCUGUGCGUGAUUUGGUUAAUGGGACAGGGUAACUAAGGUCGAGGUACUUCUCACGCAUUUUUUUUCGGAACCAUGAUGAAAUUCCUACUCAAAUUGCUUAUGAUAGCGUUGCUAGCUUUACCGACAACUGUUGUUAUCAACGCUCAAGACGCUACCGAGGAUGAGGAGGCUGCGGAUGACGUUGUCAUGGAGGAUGAAGACGAUGAGGCAGAGGUGGAGGACGAUGACAACACAGAGCUGACAGAGGAAAAAGAUGAAGAAGAGGAAGAUGCGUCGGCAGGGGAGGCAAAGGCCUCUCCCCAUGCUGACACCACAAUCCUCUUUGUCAAGGGAGAAGACUUCCCAGCUAACAACAUUGUCAAGUUUCUGCUGGGCUUCACCAACAAGGGCAGCGAGGACUUCGUGGUGGAGUCGCUGGACGCCUCCUUCCGUUACCCGCAGGACUUCCAGUUCUACAUCCAGAACUUCACUGCCCUGCAGCUGGGCGUGGCGGUGGCCCCUCAGCGCCAGGCCACUUUCGAGUACUCCUUCAUACCCGCGGAGCCCAUGGGGGGGCGCCCCUUCGGCCUGGUCAUCAACCUCAACUACAGGGACAGCAAUGGCAACAUGUUCCAGGACGCCGUGUUCAACCAGACCGUGACCGUCACAGAGAGGGAGGAUGGCCUGGACGGGGAGACGAUCUUCAUGUACGUCUUCUUGUCUGGCCUGGGCCUGCUUGUUGUCGUGGGGCUGCAUCAGCUGCUGGAGUCUAGGAAGAGACGGAGACCCGCUGCCAAAGUUGAGAUGGGGACAUCCAGCCACAACGACGUGGACAUGAGCUGGAUCCCCCAGGAGACCCUCAACCAGAUCAUGCAGAGCAGACGAGACAAGGCCUCCCCCAGACGGUCACCCCGCAAGAGAGCACAGAAACGCUCAGCCGGUUCAGACGAGUGACCACGCAGCUCGCACCCGUCACCUGACCUGGCGGGGCGCGGGGGGGGGGGGGUUGACAGCCCAGCCCCGCCUGGCCUCGUCCGUUAAAGAACCAAGAACCAAGAACCACCUCCCCUUGGAGUUGGCCGAUGCCGCAAACCACAGCUACAACAUCAACAACAAAGCCCAUUGUUGCUGCUGCUUUUUUUUUCUUCUUUUUUUUUUCUGUCGUCACAACUACGCAGAGCAUUACCCAGAAGAACGCUUACCCGGUGAAAAUUAAUUUGAGUUAAAUCGAUGUUCGAUUUAAAUGUUUAUCAUGAGCAGAGGCCAGUCCCAAGGCAUGGAUUUUGAGAGAGCUGGUCUGCUGUCAGAACAAGGAAGGGUGGGUUAGGGUGGUGCAGAGUGCCAUUUGGGGUUUUGUUUUUUUUUAUUGUCUCCCAGCCUGUUGUAUUUUGUUAGUUUUUUUUGUUUUGUUUUGUCUGAGGUGUUUGGGAAUCCUGAUCUUGUUGUGUUUUUGGACUGGUUAUCUGUACAUACAUUAGGGUACUCGCCAGCUCGUUUGCUUGCCAGAGGCAGAAAGGGCCAUAAUUUGCAUUCACUGCUUGAAGUGCACUGAAACGUUACCAGUUCAUACCUUUUAUUUUGCAGGCUUAACUGAUAUAUGCAUGGUUUGUGUGUGGUGAGUUUGAGGACAAGGAUAUGAAACAACCUUAAUAACCAGGCUUUUUAAAAGAUGUGCCUGCUUUUUUUUUUUCUUGCUCCUUGUGUGGAGUUCACUGUAAUUUUUCUGGCUACAUAACGAGUCCCAGUAUGAUGUCAGUUUUUUUUUUUGUACUGUUCUGAACUGCAGUUUUCAAAAAGCACUGAAUAUCUGAAAUUGCCAAAAAAAAAAAAACAUGCAGAGAAAAUUCAUAGACUUACGAAUAACUGAAGCAUACGCUCAUUAAGCAUUAAGAUCAUUGGCCUUGGUAUGUUGAAUCUCGUAGUCUGCAUGAAUUCCCACACCUGACCUUACUUGUAGGAAGUGGAUUUUACUGCUGGCAUGUUUAAUACCUGGGAUGACCCAGAAUUUCACAGGAUAUGGCAGUGGUGAAAGGAUUGUGUGCACUCUUGGUUUGACACUGCGUAUUUUACACUGUGGUCACAAAGCACCAAUCGGCCAGGGAAUGGAAUCAUGCGGCAAGUGAAAGCCUGUCUACUGAAAUAAUUAUUGAAAACUUAUUGUCUUCACCCAACAUCGUAUGUAGACUGAUCACGGUCGUCUGAACAGUUGGCAGUUUAAAACAAAAGCAGCUGUUCCGUGAUCUAGUCUUCUGUAACUGCGGCCAGUUCCUUGGUUUGCUGCUCAUCUUCCAUUCAAUAUAUCCUGACUUUUAAUGAGUAGUUUUAUUGCAAUGACCACUGAAGGAAAGUAAAUGCUCUGGGAA